CACUUGAAAGUCUGCUCGCAAGGCUACACAUGCUGCUCUCAAGAAAUGGAGGAGAAGUACAGUCAGCAGAGUAAACAUGACUUCAGAAACGCUGUUGUAGAGCUUAGCAAUCACCUACAAACCAUGUUUAGUUCCCGCUACAAGAAGUUUGACGAGUUUUUCAAAGAACUUCUCGAAAACGCUGAGAAGUCGCUGAACGACAUGUUCGUGCGGACGUACGGCCGUUUGUACAUGCAGAACUCAGAGCUGUUCAAGGACCUCUUCGUGGAGCUGAAGCGGUACUACGUGGGUGGCAAUGUCAACCUGGAGGAGAUGCUCAACGAAUUCUGGGCGCGUUUGCUGGAGCGCAUGUUCCGGCUGGUCAACCCCCAGUACCACUUCACAGAUGAGUACCUGGAGUGCGUCAGCAAGUACACCGAGCAGCUGAAGCCCUUCGGGGACGUGCCGCGGAAGCUCAAGCUACAAGUGACGCGAGCAUUUGUGGCCGCCCGCACCUUCGCGCAGGGCCUUGCCGUCGCAAGGGACGUCGUGAGCAAAGUGUCCGCGGUGAACCCCACGCCGCAGGGUACGCGAGCGCUGCUGAAAAUGAUGUACUGCCCGUACUGCCGGGGGCUGGUGUCGGUGAAGCCCUGCUACAACUACUGCUUUAACGUCAUGAGAGGCUGCUUGGCCAACCAGGGGGACUUGGACGCCGAGUGGAAUAUCUUUAUGGAUUCGAUGCUGCUGGUAGCAGAGAGGUUGGAGGGUCCCUUCAACAUCGAGUCAGUCAUGGACCCCAUUGAUGUGAAGAUUUCGGAUGCCAUCAUGAACAUGCAGGAGAACAGCAUGCAGGUGUCUCAGAAGGUUUUCCAGGGGUGCGGCCAGCCAAAAACGCUUGCCCAGGGCCGGACCGCUCGCUCCGUCUCCGAAAGCGGUUUCAGCGCUCGUUUCAGACCCUACAACCCGGAGGAGCGGCCGACUACAGCCGCCGGCACGAGCUUGGACCGACUGGUUACUGAUGUGAAAGAGAAACUGAAGCAAGCCAAAAAAUUUUGGUCAUCUCUCCCUGGCAACAUUUGCAACGAUGAAAAGAUGUCUGUAGGCACUGUCAAUGAGAACGAGUGCUGGAACGGGAGCGCCAAGAGCAGGUACGACUUUGCAGUGACUGGAAACGGCUUAGCAAGUCAAGUGAAUAACCCAGAGGUAGAAGUCGAUAUUACCAAGCCAGACAUGGUGAUUCGCCGGCAAAUCAUGGCUCUGCGGGUGAUGACCAACAAGCUGAAGAAUGCGUACAGUGGGAACGAUGUCGACUUCAUUGACAUAAGUGAGGAGAGCAGCGGGGAGGAGAGCGGCAGCGGCUGCGAGCUCCAGCAGUGCUCCCCGGAGUUCGAGUUCAAUGCCACCGAAGUCACUGGGAACUCCAACAAGAGCGAUAAGAACGCGAACACUUCUGCUGCCGCCGCCAGGAGCGGUUUAUCACACGCAGCCUUGCUCCUUAGCAUUUUCUUCUUGGCCAUGCAAAGACAAUGGAGAUAAUUGUGCAGCGUAGGGGUGGGGGGGGAACCAACAAAAAAAGACUUUUAUUAUCAAAGUUAGAAGGCGCCUGCUUUCACUUUUAUACCAUCUAGGGACUUUGCUUUUUAAGUUAAUGGACAACAGUGUACAGUUUUUACUAUGUUGCCACUGGUUUUAAGAUACUGAUUAUUAUUCUUUUUGUCCCUUGCUAUUCUGGGAAUAACAGGAACGGGGACCACCAGUCUGUCCCGUUCACCAAGAGUCCAUGUUAGAGUGGAUAACAAAAAUGUAUAUACAAGCCUGUAGUUAGCUCUGCAUUUGUGUCUUUAUCACUUUUCUUUUUUUUUUUUUUUUAUUUUAUUUUACCAUAUUUCUUACGAAAACAAAAAAAAAAACCACCCACCUUCUUCUCUUGGCCUGUAACAAGUAUGUGUUUCUGAAAUGAGAAAUAUCUGUACAGCAGCAGGUUUUAUUUAUCACGUUAUCUUACGGGGAGAAAAAAAAAAAAUAAUUGCCCAACAAGCAGAAAACAUGUUUCAUGUAGUUAACUUCCCAUUUAUCCACAUUAUGUUAGUUGCCUUAUCUGGAAAGAAGUGGAGGUAAUUUGUCUUUAUUACGCGGUAAAAGGGAAGGUGAAGGC